AUCCGGCCUCCGCUGCUUCCCUCCUCCUGCCCAACCGGCCCGAACCGCGGCGUCUGCAGCUCCGGACUCGGUAAUGUCCAGCUGCCCCCUCUGAGCUGUCCCGUCUGGCUCGAGUCGAGCGCCCUGCGCCCCUCCUGGGGCCGCCUCCCAUGCCCCCAGCGCUUUUUCUCGCCUAGAGUUAGAGCACAGCAGCCCGGACCCUUCCACUGGGCUAGGCCUGAAGCUGGACUUGCUUUCAGUCCCUCCAUCCCCUCCCUGGCCGCCCGAGACCCUGAGUUGUCUCCAAGUGACUGCCCCAUCCCGUAAAAGCUAAUACUUAAGUCCUUCUCCCCGGAGUGGGGAGCAAACCCUAUGUUCCCCCGGCCUCUCACCCCACUGACAGCCCCGAAGGGCACGGAGCCCCUGGGGCGGACAUCAAGGAGGACCCCCCUGGUUGCAGGCAGGGGUCGGGGAGGGUCAGGAGGGCCGCCCUUGCUUCUCCCCUCCAUGUUGAUGUUUGGCGUGAUAGUGGCCUCCAGUGGGCUGCUGCUCAUGAUUGAGAGGGGAAUCCUGGCUGAGAUGAAGCCUCCACCUCUGCACCCCCACGGCAGGAUGGACCCUGUUUGGCGUAGGGUGGCAGCUGGAGGUCCCGGGAUGUUGCUGGACCCGGGAGACCCGGACCACCAGGUGCGACAGGAUGUCCGGAAUCGUACCUUACGGGCUGUUUGUGGGCAGCCAGGCAUGCCCCGUGACCCUUGGGACCUCCCAGCAGGGCAGCGGCGGACUCUCUUCCGGCACAUCUUGGUGAGUGACCAGUACCACUUCCUCUACUGCUAUGUCCCCAAAGUGGCCUGCUCCAACUGGAAGCGCGUCCUCAAAGUCCUGGCUGGUGCCCUGGACAGUGUAGAUGUGCGGCUCAAGAUGGACCAUCGAAGUGACCUGGUAUUCCUGGCUGACCUACGGCCAGAGGAGAUCCGAUACCGCUUACAACACUAUUUCAAAUUCUUGUUCGUCCGUGACCCCAUGGAGCGCCUGCUGUCUGCCUACAGAAACAAAUUUGGUGAGAUCAGGGAAUACCAGCAGCGUUACGGUGCUGAGAUUGUGCGCCGCUACCGGGUGGGUGCAGGACCCAGCCCCGCUGGGGAUGAUGUCACCUUUCCCGAGUUCCUUAGAUACCUGGUGGAUGAAGAGCCAGAGCGUAUGAAUGAGCACUGGAUGCCAGUGUACCAGCUGUGCCAACCCUGUGCCAUGCACUAUGACUUUGUGGGUUUCUAUGAGCGGCUAGAGGCUGAUGCCAACCAAGUGCUGGAGUGGGUGAGGGCACCACCCACAGUUCGAUUCCCCUCCCGUCAAGCCUGGUAUCGGCCAGCCAGUCCUGAAAGCCUCCACUACCAUCUCUGCAAUAUCCCUAGGGCCUUGUUGCAGGAACUUUUGCCCAAGUACAUCCUGGACUUCUCCCUCUUUGCCUACCCAUUACCCAAUGUCACUAGGGAGGCUUGUCGACAGUGACCAUUCUUCCAGCCCUGCUGGCUGCCAGGAAAAGUCCUUCACUAACCCCAGGGCCUCAGGGUUACUGCCUGGGGUGGGGGUGGGGGGGCUGUCUAGAUCCCAGAGCGUCCCCAUAGUGGGACAAAAGGAUCAGAAUUCUCAUGGAACCGGGAAUUAUACCUCCUGUCAGCCUUAGCAGAACACUAGAACUGAGAGAUGGGGAUCAUCCUUCAAAGGGUCUUUCUGAAGGCUUUUAGAUUCUCCCAGAUGCUGGCCCAGCAGGCCCAAAUGCUGGUCUAUAGGCUACCUAUGCCUUGGAGCAGGACAAGAUGGCAAUUUUUUGCCCUGGAGAAGCAUUUUAAGAGACACUGCUACUUUUUUGGGGGACUGGGGGGGCAAUGGGGGACCUCCAGUCAGAGUAUAAAGACUUUUCCACCCAGUAUUAACUAAAGGGACAUAUCCCACAGCCCCUGCUCCCUAUGUCCACAGAAAAAAUGGACCAUAUCUGAGAAAAGGUUUGGGCCCUCAUCCUGCUAGGGGAGAAAAUGGUAGAGUAAAUAGCAUUGGACUUGGAGUCUGAAAGACCUGUAUUCAAGUUUGCCUGAAAUACUUGCUAACUUUGUUACUGCAGGCAAAUAAUUUCCCCUCCCUGGGCCUCCAUGACCUCUAAAGUCCCUCCUAGCUCCAACUCUAUGACCCCAUGAACACAAGCCCCCUCUUCCCAGUAGCUGACGCCUGCUGCACUUUUUCCCAUGACCAGAACUGGGGUUGACGUUAAUCCCUUCUUAGGGCCAGCCACAAGACCAUGCAAAGCAUCAUGGCAGACUGUAGUGUUGACCGCCCCCUCCACCACCUCUGUGCUGUGCUAAGUGCCUUCUGCAACCUCUCCAAUGCCAGAUUCAGUAUAUUUCCUAUAUUAGCUGGUUUCUUCCCAUCUUCCAGAGGAUGAAACUAAGCUCAAUUGGGGAGUCCGGUUCUGAACCAGGAAAAGAACCAGGUAAUCCCUAUUAAACUUCCACACCGUGCCCCCAUCACUCUUUCUCUAUACUUAGCCAAAGAAUUGGUCUCAGAAAGGCCGAAAGGGAUUCUUCAAAGUUGCAGUCAAUCCAAACAAACCGGUAGCAAGUUGGUGGGUUUUUCUUUAUUGUAUUCUUUUAUUUGGGGAGGGAAGAACUUUCUUCUUCUUUUUUAUAAAGAAAAAAAGUGUAUUUGCAUGUCCCUAUCCUGAUGAGUUUAUUUAAGAUUCGUUCUUCUCAGUGCCAGCCACUGUCUGCGUCAGACAUCCCCUCUGAGGGUUUUUCUAACAGCUGCAUUUUUAAUAAAGUUGUUCUGUCUGCAUA